AGCGCGGGGCGGGGCGUCCCCUCGGCGCGGGGCCGGGAUGGAGCGCGGCGGCGGCGGCGCGGCGGCGUCGCGGAUCCGCGAGGGCUGGUUCCGGGAGACGUGCCGGCUGUGGCCCGGGCAGGCCAUGUCGCUGCAGGUGGAGGAGCUGCUGCACCACCAGCGCUCCCGCUACCAGGAGAUCCUGGUGUUCCGCAGCACCACCUACGGCAACGUCCUGGUCCUGGACGGCGUCAUCCAGUGCACGGAGCGCGACGAGUUCUCCUACCAGGAAAUGAUCGCCAACCUGCCCCUCUGCAGCCAUCCCAACCCCCGCAAGGUGCUGAUCAUCGGAGGUGGUGACGGGGGAGUGCUGCGAGAGGUGGUGAAACACCCGACCGUGGAGUCUGUGGUGCAGUGCGAGAUCGAUGAGGAUGUGAUCCAGGUAUCUAAGAAAUACCUCCCAGGGAUGGCAGUGGGCUAUUCCAGCGCUAAGCUGACCUUGCACGUGGGAGAUGGUUUUGAGUUCAUGAAACAAAACCAAGAAGCCUUUGACGUGAUUAUCACAGACUCUUCUGACCCCAUGGGUCCUGCAGAGAGCUUAUUCAAAGAAUCUUACUACCAGCUGAUGAAGACGGCCCUGCGAGAAGACGGGAUUCUUUGCUGCCAAGGUGAGUGCCAGUGGCUGCACCUGGAUCUCAUUAAGGAGAUGCGUCAGUUCUGCAAGUCUCUGUUCCCUGUUGUGGAAUACGCCUAUUGCACCAUCCCCACAUAUCCCAGCGGGCAGAUUGGCUUCAUGCUCUGCAGCAAGAACCCGAACACAAAUUUCCGGGAGCCGGUGCAGCAGCUUUCGCAGCAACAAGUAGAGGAGAGGAAUCUGAAAUACUACAACUCUGACAUUCAUCGGGCAGCUUUCAUUCUACCAGAGUUUGCACGGAAGGCCCUGAGCGACGUGUGAGACUGAGAAGCUGCUUCCUUCCUUCAAGUUGGACCCUGAGAUCAUCAGUGAUGUGGUGGGGACCUUCCCAGCAGACUGCAGAUUUGCUCUCCGCUGUGAGGGAUUGUUUAACCCUUUGCCAGCCAACAUUCCCUUUGAUGAUGUGUUAAAGAUGAUGGGGCGUAAGCCAGAUAAGACUAUUGAAAAGGUCCAGUGACUUAUUGCGUGAGGUCAAAACUGUUCUUUCCAGUGCUGGAAACGUAAGAUGUCUUUUUCCUUUCUCUCCUCCUUGCACCCAUUCUAAAUCCUCCCCUCCCUGCGCCCACCUCCACCCCCUACAACUGACAUGGUAUAUUUAUAACUGACACGUGUUUCUUUCUGACCAUCCUCUGAAACCUGGGAAGAGUCCAGAAGGGUCACUGACUCAGCCUUAAGCACAGAGAGCGAGAGCUUUGUGCGCAAAGUUUUAGCUUGCUCUCUCCUAGGAGCUCCCUGCUGCUGAGACGUUUUGACCGGUAACGGGUCUGAGCCUUCGUGUCUCACUGCCCUUCUGCGACACCUGCACGGUUCUGCAGCACAGUUGGAGAAGUCACAGUGCGAACUGUUGCCAUUCACAAUAGGUCUCCCUCCAACCCUGACGGAGUAGCAGUAUUAAACGCCAGCCGGGCCAGCUGGCAGCAAAGUCUUGUGGCUUUUUCAUUUUUAAAUUGGAAACAGGAGUGCUGAGGUACUCGCAGGCUGAACCCUGUCCUCACCUCUGCCGUCAGAGUGGUUCCAAAGAAUGUUUAUCAAUAUGGUGAUAGGCGCUUUAUAUAUAAAUAUAAAUAUAUAUAUAAAAAACAAA